AUGGCGGGACUCGACCCUGGCUGCUGUGGGACGGCUCUUAAUCAGGAGGGGUGCGCUCGGGAGCGCCCUGCCCGUGGUCCCUCCGUCUGUGCUGGUGACCGGCGGGUUGGUGGCAUCGGCCGGGGGGGGCCCGCCAGCGUCCCCACCGCAGGGAAGGGGUGCGGUGCGGUGCGGGUGGCUGAAUUACUGCCGCCCCAUCCUGGUAUGAGAGGCGGUGACACUGCAUCAGGCAACGGUAGGAGCUGCUGUGUCAACUCUGACAUUAUCAAGACCGCUAUUCGUGUACAAAGCAGUCAAGUUGGACAAAGAGGGAGGGAAGAAACACUCAUUCAGCAAAGGGCAAGACACCUACCGUUUUCAAACACUAAUCCUGAUCUCUGGGGAAAAGCUCCAGCUCUACCUGUUGUAGAUGGCUUUGCUCAUUCCCACCUGGAGGAGGAGCUCAGUCAGCAUCAGCAUGAGUUUUGUCCAACUAAGAAUCCAUUUCAGCCUCAGCAUAACCCAGCGUCGGCUGGACCUUUGAAACCAGAAAUUACCAUAACUUACAUUGCUGUUUCAGCUAUAUUCUUUAACAGUGGACUCUCCUUAAAAACUGAGGAGCUGACAAGUGCUUUGAUGCAUGUGAAACUACACCUUUUUGUCCAGAUUUUUACACUUGUGUUCUUCCCAACAGCAAUAUGGCUCUUUCUUCAGCUAUUAUCAAUCACACCUAUAAAUGAAUGGCUUUUAAAAGGCUUACAGACAGUAGGCUGCAUGCCACCUCCUGUGUCUUCUGCAGUGAUUUUAACCAAAGCUGUUGGUGGGAAUGAGGCAGCUGCUAUAUUUAAUUCUGCUUUUGGAAGUUUUUUGGGCAUUGUUAUAACUCCACUUCUGCUUCUGCUUUUUAUUGUCCGGAGGUACAUCAAGGACUGGCUUGAAAGGAAGAAGCCUCCAUUUGGCGCUAUCAGCAGCUGCGUGCUCCUGAUGAUCAUCUACACAACAUUCUGUGAUACUUUUGCCAAUCCAAAUAUUGACCUUGAUAAAUUUAGCUUGAUUAUAAUAGUGUUCAUAAUAUUUUCUGUUCAGAUGAGCUUCAUGUUUUUGACUUUCCUCUUCUCUACAAGGAAUAACUCUAGUUUCACACCAGCAGACACAGUGGCUAUCAUUUUCUGUUCCACACACAAAUCCCUCACCCUGGGGAUUCCAAUGCUGAAGAUAGUAUUUGCGGGUUAUGAGCACCUGUCCUUAAUUUCCGUCCCCUUACUCAUCUAUCAUCCUGCUCAGAUUCUUCUUGGCAGUCUGUUGGUACCAACAAUAAAAUCCUGGAUGGUUUCUAGGCAAAAGGCACUGAAGUUAACCAGGCAGCCCAAAGCACCCGUGAAGGUAUAAUUAUGGAGAUGGCCUGUGUCACAGUGAAUGUAUAUAUGUACUAUACUGUACACACAGACAAUUGAGACAACUGGGUAUUUGUGAAUGUUGCUUCAGUGCAUAUUUUAUUUUUAUAUAUAUAUUAAAAAGAUACCUGUUAAGUGCCUUACAGAUGCAUUUUUGGCAAAAGCAUUGUUUCCAGAAGCCACUUUGUUGGUUACUGCAAGAGGUUGUACAGUAUUUUGGAGUCGUUUAGUUUUUAUUUUUCUAACCAAGUGAAUGGUCGUGACUAACAGCUGUUUCUUCCAUUGCCCCUGUUUUGAAGCCAGGGUGCGUCAGCUUAAGUCUCUGUUUUAAACUAGCCAAAAUGACCAGAAGCCUAUCCCACUGCUGGCUUACCCUGGGGAAGAGCUUUCUGAAGGUUUUUUUUCCAAGAUUGACUUGAAUUUCUGUGUGACUGUUACACUCCCUAGUCAUAUGACUGUGACAUGCCUUUUUCUUCUGAGUUUGUGUAUACUCAGCAUGGGGCCAUCCAUUGGAUAGAAGCUGAGAAACAUGAAUUAUUUGCAUUUGUUGACACAGUUGUCUAGACAUUCCUUCAAAGUUAAUGGUUUCUCAAGAAAAUUCUUUCAAUUCCAUUGUAUGAUAUUGUGCCAUUGUAUAUCUUAAAUGCCUCAUAAGCUUCUUCAAAGAAUUGGUCUGGUGCUUGGGUUAUGAGUGAAGUAUUUGUGUUUGCAGCUAGGAGAUCUUUUAUAAUUUACCCCUGAAGAACACAAAUUUCUGUUUUUCUUUUUUCUUUU